UUGACUCGUAUCAGCGGCUCAGUUUUGUAUUGCGGCAGAAUAAUGCGCCCUGUGUGCCACUGGGAACAGUUCUAAACUAAAGUAAACAACAACAAUUGCGAGUGCACAAAUAUUAAGUAACAAUUCGAGUGAAGAAGAAAAUUCAACUCACUGUGAGUUCAAUGCGCUUAACCGGCUACGGCUUCAAUCAGCCCAUAGCAAUUUGCAUUGAUGAACUGAACUGAACUGUGUGUGCAGCAUGUGCGGCAUGCAUAAUAAUAAAAUCGUAAGCGAUAUACAAAACCAAAACCCUUAAAUCGCCGCUGAGACGCAGCUCAAGACAAGCGUCAUACAAGUCGCUCAGUUUCAGUUUGUGUGUGUGUUUGUGUGUGUGAAAGUGUGAAAAAGCGCAAAAUAAAUAUUAAAAGCAAAACGUGCGUGGCUUAGAAAGGCAGCAGCAGCCGCCGCCGCACAACAAUAACAACAUAUAGAAAAAACUGAAAGCUAACAAAAUACGUGGAACGCAACAGCUAAAGCCAAAGCUAAGGCUAAAGCAUAAGCAGCUUACUCAAGCCGCUUGUUUUGGAAUCAGAAAUUGCCGCCAGCAGACGGCGUCUGGCGCCGGAACUGUCUAACGGCUGAACAGCAACAACAAGAAAUAAAAAAAAUGUGCACUGGCAGCCUGAAACGCGCCUGCCACGCUCUGUGGCAAGCUCUACGCACAACGCAUGCAAUAUUCCAUAUGCUGGCACUGAGCUGUAUUAUUAUCUCCGAUUUAUUGCAAAGCGCUCAUGGGCUGAAAGAUCUGAAGAUAUUUGUGCCGGAUGCUGUCAUCAUGGGCAAUGCAGCAACAUUGUCUUGUCAAUAUGAUUUGGAGAAGGCACAACUUUACUCGGUGCGCUGGUACUUUGGCCAGGAGGAAUUCUAUCGCUAUGUGCCGCGCGAGGCAAAGCCCGUAUUAGUCUUCAACGUUGCUGGCAUUAAUGUUGAUAUGGCAAACUCCGAUGCAACAUCUGUAACCUUAAAAGGCGUCACACGCGAUCUAACGGGUAGCUAUCAAUGCGAAGUGAGCGAGGAUGCGCCGCUUUUCCACACAGACAUACGCUCCGCGCAUAUGCAGGUGGUUGAGCUGCCCAAGGACGAGCCCGUGAUGAAGGUGGAGAAGAAGGUGAUUGGUGUGAAUGACAAUUUCCAUGCUGCCUGCAGUGUGGGGCCCUCGUAUCCGCCCGCGAACAUAACCUGGUACAUCAAUGGACGCAAGAUUUACAAGACGCCAAUGCAACGCAUAACGCUGGACGCAUUCGAAGGUUCGCCCACUUACAGCUCGCUGGACAUUGCUCCGCAUAGUCAAGUGCUGCAGGGUUUCUUUCAGGCCAUACCCAAGUAUCUACCCAAUAUAUUGCUGUCCUGCGAAGUGUCCAUACUGCAAAUGUUCCACAAGAAUGUGCAGCAGCGCAUUGCGCUGAGCAUGGCACCGCCCACAACUGUGUCGCCCAAUUUGCUGGGACUCGAGGGCUCCAAGCGUUAUGCCAAUGGCGAUCCGGACAAUUCGGCGCUCACUGGCGCCGCCCAGUGCAGUUCCAGCGCCGUGGGUGUGCUCCUGCUAGCGGUGGCAACACUCACAGUGGCUCAGCUGUGACCAGCCACAGCCACAUAAGCAACAACAGCAACAACAACAACAACUACAGCAGCAGCAGCGUUGGCUUGCAG